AAUGAUGAGAACAAAAGGGAUAGUUAAUUGGGGAUUAGAACACAUGUUAGUUCAGGAAUAGAAAUGGGCAUGGGUUGUAAAUGAUGUGGGCCUGUGGAUAUAGGUAGAUAGAAUGUAUUAUAGAAUUCUGAAACAGAAUGUGAAUGGAGAUUUGGGAAUAGAUAUGGCAAAACUUAAUAGCACUUGGGAUUGCUGAACGAGAUGGGCAGGUGGUUUGUCUGAUUAGAGUUGGGGAAAGAUGUCCGAGUGAUGGGGGAAGAGGUUGGUCAACGCAGAGAGGAGAGACCGAUUGACGCCUUGUCUCAAGAAGCCAUGAAGCAAAACCCUCCUACGCCAUGCAAGACCACCACCCCUUCUCACCUUAGGAGACCCUCCUCCUCCUCCUCCUCUUCCUCUUCCUCUUCCUCUAAAGUGAAGGCAGUAGGUGUUUUGAAUGGGGUCUCAUCGCCAUCACCAGCCCCAAGGCCACGGGCGAGGUCGGGUCCUCUAGAGAUGAAUAACAGCCAUAAGGCUAGGAGGUCCCUUCUUCUCAACAAACCCAAAUCUGGAGACCAUGCACUAGGAUCUCAAAAGCCUAGGGAUGCAGAGGAGGUUAAGGUCAUGGGUCGCUCCAGGAACCGCCCUGUUGUGGACCAACUUGCUCCGCGGCGGCCCUCUGAAGGGCCCGAGCCAGAUGACAAGACCAAGGAAUUGCAGGAGAAGCUUGACCUCAGGCAGAAUUUGAUCAACAAUUUACAGUCUGAGGUAUUGGGUUUGAAGGCAGAGUUGGACAAAGCCCAGAGCUUCAACCUGGAACUGCAAUCACUCAACGCUAAGCUCACUGAGGACCUUGCUGCUGCUCUAGCAAAGAUAACUGCCCUUACUAGUCGUCAACAGGAGGAGUCGGUUACAGAGUACCAGAGCCCUAAAUUUAAAGACAUUCAAAAACUCAUUGCCAACAAGUUGGAACACCCAAAAAUUAAGCAGGAGGCAAGCAAUGAAGCAAGUACUGUUCAGGCACCAUCAGCAGCAUCAGUACCACGGGUUCCCAGGGCUAUGGAUUCCCAAAGAAAGGUUCCACCAUGUCCCGCACCACCACCUCCUCCUCUGCCCCCACCUCAGCCUCCAGCUAGAGCAGCUGCUACUCGGAAGGCUCCAACACUCGUAGAAUUUUAUCACUCAUUGACAAAGGGUGUGGGGAAGAGAGAUUUUGCACAAUCCGGGAAUCACAAUAAACUAGUGGUUAGCAGUGCACAUAGUAGUAUAGUUGGAGAAAUUCAAAAUCGUUCAGCACAUCAGUUAGCUAUAAAAGCAGACAUUGAAACAAAAGGAGACUUCAUCAAUGGUCUUAUCCAGAGAGUGCUGGCUGCAUCUUAUUCAGAUAUGGAAGACAUUGUGAAAUUUGUGGAUUGGCUUGAUAAUGAGCUCUCAACCUUGGCUGAUGAGAGGGCUGUGCUAAAGCAUUUCAAGUGGCCUGAGAAGAAAGCUGAUGCCAUGAGAGAAGCUGCUAUUGAAUAUCGUGACCUUAAACUUUUAGAAAGUGAAGUUUCCUGCUAUAAGGAUAAUGCUAAUGUUCCAUGUGGAGUUGCCUUGAAGAAGAUGGCUGGUUUACUAGACAAGUCUGAAAGAAGCAUACAAAGGUUGAUUAAGCUGCGGAACUCUGUUGUGCGGUCUUAUCAGGAAUGUGGAAUUCCAACUGGUUGGAUGCUUGAUUCAGGAAUAGUUAGUAAGAUAAAGCAGGCUUCUAUAAAUCUGGCCAAGAUGUACAUGCAAAGAGUGGCAAUGGAGCUCGAGUCGGUUCGGAAUUCAGAAAGGGAAUCCUCACAAGAAGCUCUACUGCUUCAGGGAGUGCAUUUUGCAUACAGGGCUCACCAGUUUGCUGGGGGCCUAGAUUCUGAAACAUUAUGCGCAUUCGAAGAGAUAAGGCAGCGGGUUCCUGAACACCUGGGAGGGUCUCGAGAAUUGCUGGCCGGCAUACCAUCAUCAUAGCAAGUUCAACACCACUGUUUCUGGUGGGGAAGUUCAGUAGUAAUUAGUAAAGCUGUAGGUUAUCUUUUGUUUUAAUCCCUGUUCCCUUCAAUGUGUAGUUAAAGUUGUGAUGAAAGCAUUUUAAAGAACAAGCUGGAAAGCAAAGCAAAACAUGGGUUAUGAAGCUGGAAAAAGAGAUGAAAAUCCAGCAAUAUAAGGCUUUUGAGUGGUAGGUGAAGCUUCAGCCAUGGAAAUCCUUUUGGUUGGGUGUAUGUUGUUUUCCCCGUCCUGUCAAGGUGUCCUCACUCUUACCUCACCUAACCCAGCUACUUGUUGACUACGCCCCGUCGCCCCCACAUUGGAAUAAGCUCCAAGCAAUAAUAGCACGAGAAAAACGUCAUUUGUAAGUUAAAACAAAGCUUUCAUGGAAAGUAUUUUGACUUUGAUAAGCCAAUCCAAACAGACUUCCAUGGCCGAGGUCAUGUAAUUGUUCAAUAUAGAAUGCUAUGAUGCCCUUGAAAUAAUAAUUCUUUUAUGUGAGCCAAA